AUGAACCUGGCACAAAAGUUCCAACAGCAACAGCAGCAGCAACAACAACAACAACAGCAGCAGCAACAGCAACAUCAGGUAUUGACUCACCAACACCUACAGCAACAUAGCCAUCACCAAAACCAAAUUCGUCAGCAAGCAGGGCUCUCCUCGCCUGCAACUAUCCCUGCUUCGCUCACCUCUCAACUUGGAGGGGCGGGAUCGCACUAUCAGCAACAGCUCCAAUGCGCGACUGUCUCUCGCCAGUCAUCCACGCCCCACUACAGGGCUAGGGCAGCAGCAGCCGUUGCCAGGAGUUCUGGAUUGAGCUCAGCCGUCACUAUCACGGACCCUAACAACCCCUCAAAGAGUACUACUGUGAAUGGACAAGGCGCGGACAAGACAGGUGGAACAGCCACUACCAAUGCUCAACAGUGGACGACUUUGGAUCUGGGCGGUAUGGGUCUUAAGAACAUUAGUCGGGAGCUGUUUCGGUACGGAUCCUUGACAGCGCUAUACAUCAAUCACAACGACCUGCAUCAUCUCUCGCCCGAAAUCAGCCGCCUGUCGAAUCUGACCAUUUUGGAUGCCUCUGGAAACAAGUUGUUGUCUGUUCCCCCAGAACUCGGAAUGCUAACGAAUCUCAAGGAGCUUAUGCUGGUCGAUAAUAGCCUGGUGACCUUGCCUGCCGAGCUCGGGACGCUUUAUCAACUGGAGAUCCUUGCUUUGGAAGGAAACCCAUUGAACGAGAGCCUCAAGAGUCUACUUCACCAGGAAGGAACCAAUGCUGUGAUCAUCUAUCUUCGCGAAAACUGCCCUGUCCCAUUGCCUCCACCUGAGAGAGAGUGGAUCACUCUUGAGGAUGACUCUGGAGCGUCGUCGAGCCAGGACACAUUCACAGUAUUCUGCUACAAUAUUCUGGCAGAAAAUUACGCCACGCCCCAGAUGUACGGAUACACUCCUUCAUGGGCCCUUACAUGGGAGUACCGCAAGGAACUUAUUCUCCAAGAGAUUUUGGCCUACAGUGCGGAUAUCGUCUGUCUCCAGGAGGUGGAGCAGGGACAGUUCGAGGACUAUUUCAAGGAGCAGAUGAAGCAACAAGCUGAUUACGACGGCGUUUUCUGGCCAAAGUCACGCGCAAAGACAAUGCCCGAGAAGGAUCGUAGGGUUGUGGAUGGGUGUGCAACGUUCUUCAAGGCAUCCAAGUUCAGCAUGGUUGAUAAACACCUCGUUGAGUUCAACCACGUUGCCCUGCAGCGGCCUGAUUUCAGAGAGACGGACGAUAUCUUUAAUCGCGUGAUGACCAAGGACCAGGUCGCUGUCAUAACCCUUCUAGAGCACAAGGAUACCAAAAAUAGAAUUGUAGUCGCCAACACACAGAUCUACUGGGAUCAGCUCUUCAAAGAUGUCAAGCUUGUCCAGGUGGCAAUGCUCAUGGAGGAAAUCGACAAGCUGUCAACUCAGUGGGCACAUUUACCUGUUUCUGGGUCAAACGCACUGCCUUCCAACUCUUCCGGCAAGUUGCCGACCCUUAUCUGUGGCGAUUUCAACUCUGAGCGAUCUUCAGGAGUAUACGAAUUCUUGGUCAAGGGGACAGUUGCGCGAGGACACGACGAUUUCGGCAACCAUGCAUAUGGAACAUACACCUCUGAAGGAUUGUUCCACAAGAUGACGCUCCGCUCGUCUUAUGGCGAUGGAUCUGAGUUGCCCUUCACUAACUUCACACCAACAUUCGUGGCUGUUAUCGACCACAUCUUUUACUCGUCGAAUUACCUUUCUGUCCUGGGAUUGCUGGGAGGCGUCGAGAAGGAGUACAUGAGUCGGGUGGUUGGUUUCCCGAACGCUCAUUUCCCCUCGGACCAUGUACCGAUCCUAGCGGAGUUCAAGUUCCGAUCACAAGCGGCACCGAAGGGAGCGACACCCAACUUUGGCAGCACUGGAUCUAAUAACCAUAAUAGUGGCAAUAGGAACAGCCAUAACGGCAGCAACAGCAAGCAAUAG